AUGAAGAGUGUUAUUUUCCUCCUAGUGGCUACAUGCAUCACAACUUCUGUGAAUGCACAACUACCCCCUGGUGUGCCAGAAAUGCCCGACAUUUAUAGAUGUUUAUCAACACUGAUCAACAUUCCAGGAUGCAUUGCAGAAAUCUCCGAAUCCAUUGUGACCGGCAAAUUUGGUGACAUAGGUCCUGCUUGUUGUAAAGCUUUCUUGGAAGCUGAAUCCAAAUGUGCGACAACACUUUUCCCCCCUAUGCUAAGGCAGCAAUGUUCCAGAAUUGCUGGUCCUCCAACAACGUUGUAA